AUGGAAAAGUCAGAUUCCGUUUCGCUAACGGUUCAUGGAAACGUUCGGAUCACAGAGUUUCCCGAAGAAUCCAACGUAUGCGUCAAGCUGAAUACAGUAGCUGUUGGCGACUGGAAAAUCAUAACUGGGGAUACUGUAGCUUUAUCCUCAUUCUCUUAUCGUGGAGCUGAUAAUCGGAUAUUCAUUGAUCUUCCAUUUGAGUGUGGUCUCAAGGGGAGCAGUCCGUUUAUGUGGCCCCGCCUAGUCCUAAACUGUUUCUCAAAGGAUACUUCUGGAAAAGACUGUGUAAUUGGUUAUGGCGUUUUGCCGAUUCCCACGGAGCCCGGAAAACACAUCUGCCGAGUGCAUUGUUUCCUACCGGAACCGUCAUCAAUCGUUCAGCAAAUGAUGGCUAAGCUACGCAGAAUGAACGCUGAGUUCGUGGAUCCAUUGUUGCCAGCGAACGCUGAUGGGAGAUACGCAUGCCGUACAUCAACCAGAGGAUACGUGGACAUUGAAAUCAAUGUGAGCAUUAAGAGCUCAGAAACUGGGUACCGAUUUGCUCCAUCUGCUUCGUCUGAAGCAAAGAUCAACAAUAGCCACCAGAAUGUGCCAUCUUCGAUUGCUGAUCUUGCUGGGAUCGUUGCAGUUGGUGGGGAAGAACACGCUGACAUUUUUGGAGCUGAUUCGGAAAACGAGGAGAGUAAGACAACAAGGACUGGAUAG